GGGGUGGGGAUCCGUCAAUCAGGCGCGCUGCCGGAAAGGAGAGGGCGGCUUCCGGGAUCUGGCUGGCGGCCCUUCGUCUCGCCUUCGCCACCGUAGGCUCUUUCUCUGAGUAUCCGCUGCUACUUCUUGGCUUUGGGAGGCCCGGUGGCUCUGCAGCAGCCUCGGCCACCCUGUGACCUGCGGGUGUUGGGACAUCCCUAGCGGACGCCAGGACACCCGGGAAGCCGAGGAACGGACUCCAUGGCUUUUGAGGAUGUGGCUGUGAACUUUACCCAGCAGGAAUGGCCUUUGCUAGAUUCUUCUCAGAAGAAUCUCUACAGAGAAGUGAUGCAGGAAAUCUGCAGGAACCUGGCUUCUGUAGAAAUCAUAUGGUACAGAGACUGUGUGAAAGCAAAGAAGGUAGUCAGUAUGGACAAGUUGUCAGCCACAUUCCAAAUCUUGAUCUGAAUCAGAACAUUUCUACUGGAUUAAAACAAUGUGAAUGCAGUAUUUGUGGAAAAGUCUUUGUACAUCAUUCCCUCCUUAAUAGGCACAUCCUAGCUCACUCAGGAUACAAACCAUAUGGAGAGAAGCAAUAUAAAUGUGAACAGUGAGGGAAACUCUUCGUUUCUGUUCCAGGUGUUAGAAGACACAUGAUAAUGCACAGUGGGAAUCCAGCUUAUAAAUGUAUGGUAUGUGGGAAAGCUUUUCAUUUUCUCAAUUCAGUUGAAAGACAUCAGAGAACUCACACAGGAGAAAAACCCUAUAAAUGUAAACAAUGUGGUAAAGCGUUCACUGUUUCUGGUUCUUGUCUAAUACAUGGACGAACUCACACUGCAGAGAAACCCUACGAAUGUAAGGAAUGUGGGAAAACACUCAGAUUUUCUUGUUCUUUUAAGAUGCAUGAAAGGACUCACACUGGAGAGAGAUGUACCAAAUGUGAUAAAGCCUUCAGCUGUUCCACUUCCCUUCAUGACCAUGGAAGCGUUCAUACUGGAGAGAGACCCUAUGAAUGUAAACAAUGUGGCAAAGCCUUUAGUCGUUUGAGUUCCCUUUGUAACCAUAGAAGUACUCAUACUGGAGAGAAACCCUAUGAAUGUAAACAAUGUGACCAAGCCUUCUGUCGCCUCAGUUCCCUUCACCUCCACGAAAGAAUUCAUACUGGAGAAAAACCCUAUGAAUGUAAGAGAUGCGGUAAAGCCUACACUCGUUCCAGUUACCUUAUGUGCCUCUAAAGAAGUCAUGAUAUAGAGGUUGGGUGUAGUGACUCAGCCUGUAAUCCCAGCACUUUGGGAGGCCAAGCUGUGUGUAUUGCUUGAGCCCAGGAGUUCAUAACCAGCCUGGAUUAAAACAAUGUGAAACAACCUGGGCAUCGUGGUGAAACCGUGUCUACAAAAAAUAAAAUAAUGCCGGGCCCGGUGGCUCACGCCAGCUACUCGGGAGGCUGAGGCAGGAGAAUGGCGUGAACCCGGGAGGCUGAGCUUGCAGUGAGCCGAGAUCGCACCACUGCGCUCCAGCUUGGGCGACAGAGGCAGACUCCGUCUCAAGACAAAAACAAAGAAAAUAAUUAGCUGGGCAUGGUGGCACAUUUCAGUUGUCUUAGUUCUUUUUCAAGGACAUAAAAGGCCACGGGGUGUUGGGGGGAAGCCCUGUGCAUGCGGAUCACGAGGUCAGGAGAUCGAGACCAUCCUGGCCAACAUGGUGAAACCUCGUCUCUACUAAAAAUACAAAAAUAGCUGCGUGUGGUAGCAUAUGCUUGUAAUCCCAGCUACUCAGGAGGCU